AAGGAAGUUAUAUAUACAACACUAUUUAACAUGAAUGUUCCUGCUGUUUGUGCAAUUAAUCAGGCAACUUUAGCUUUGUAUGCUGCUAGAAGAACUUCAGGAAUUGUUGUAAAUAUUGGGUUUCAAGUCACAUCAGUUGUUCCAAUUUUACAUGGUAAAGUAAUGCGCAAAGUGGGUGUGGAGGUUGUGGGAAUGGGAGCACUAAAACUUACCGGGUUUCUUAAGGAGUUGAUGCAGCAGAACAAUAUUAGUUUUGAAUCGCUGUACACCGUUCGCACUUUGAAAGAGGUACAAGUCUUGCUUGUUUCUUGAGUGCAGAAUAUUGUUGUUGAAUA